AUGGGGAGCUGCUGCAGCUGCCUGAACAGAGACAGCAUCCCCGACAACCACCCUACCAAGUUCAAGGUAACGAAUGUGGAUGACGAGGGGGUGGAACUGGGCUCUGGGGUGAUGGAGCUGACCCAGAGUGAGCUGGUGUUGCACCUGCAUCGGCGCGAGGCUGUCCACUGGCCCUACCUCUGCUUACGCCGCUACGGCUAUGACUCCAAUCUCUUCUCCUUUGAGAGUGGCCGCCGGUGUCAGACGGGCCAGGGGAUAUUUGCGUUCAAAUGUUCCCGGGCCGAGGAAAUCUUCAACCUCCUUCAAGAUCUUAUGCAGUGCAACAGCAUCAGUGUGAUGGAAGAGCCCAUCAUCGGAACCCGCAACAGCCGCCCUGCGGAGCUGGACCUCCCUCGGGGCCCCCAGCUUCCCAACACGCUAGGCUACACCGUCUCCAGCUUCUCCAAUGGCUUCCCUGGCUGUCCAGGCCAGGGCCCGAGGCUCUCAGCUCCCCAGCGCCCCUCGACGAGCAGUCUGCGUCACCCCUCACUGGGGGAGGAGUCCACUCAUGCCCUCAUUGCCCCCGAUGAACAGUCCCACACCUAUGUCAACACACCGGCCAGUGAGGAUGACCACCGAAGGAGCCGGCACUGCAUGCAGCCCCUGCCUGAGGGACGGGCUCCCUUCCCCUCACAGGCCCGGGGCCCAGACCAGCGGGACCCUCAGGUCUUCUUGCAGCCCGGCCAGGUGAAGUUUGUGCUGGGCCCUCCUCCAUCUCGGCGGCACAUGGUGAAGUGGCAGGGCCUCUGCCCUAGCCUGCAGGACCCUCCCCACCACAACAACAACGAAGGCGCUUCUGAGUGCCCUGCCCAACCCAAGUGCACCUACGAGAAUAUCAGCGGAGGCCUGCGACGAGGGGCCGGCUGGAGACUGAGUCCAGAGGAGCCCAGCUGGAAUGGCCUCGCCCACCGCCGGGCUACCCUGCUGCACUAUGAAAACAUGCCCUCCUUACCCCCCGUGUGGGAGAGCCAAGCCCAGCAGCUGGGGGAGGGACCUGGGGAUGAUGGGGACUCGAGGGAUGGGCUUACACCCUCCUCCAAUGGCUUCCCUGAUUGUGAGGAGGACGAGACCCCACUGCAGAAGCCCACCAGCACCCGGGCCACCAUCCGCAGCCACGGCAGCUUCCCUGUGCCAUUGGCACGCUGCCGUGGGUCCCCACGAGUCUUCAACUUCGAUUUCCGCCGGCCAGGCCCUGAGCCCCCCAGGCAGCUCAACUAUAUCCAGGUAGAGCUGAAGGGCUGGGCUGCUGACCACCCCCAGGGGCCCCAGAACCCCUCGGCCCUCCCCACCCCUGUAGCCACCCCCAACCCUGCUCGCAGCUCAGACUCCUAUGCCGUGAUUGACCUCAAAAAGACUGUGGCCAUGUCCAAGCUGCAGAGGGCUCUGCCCCGAGAUGAUGGCACCGCCAGGAAAACCCGGCACAACAGCACCGACCUGCCUCUGUAG